UACUGUAUAUAUUUUCAAGUCAAAAAUUGAAUCAAUUGUAUAAAAUCAAAAAUAUGUAUAGGGAAAUUUGAUAUUGACCCAAAUAUUCCUACAAUCUACAAUGCUCUGAAAAAAUGAGAAAAUAUCUCUUGAACGAUACACGUGGGAUAUUGUAAUGUUAUUGUUUUAAUAAACUAUUCUAAUACUUGAACAAAAAUGGGAAUAGACAAGCAAGAAGUGCAUCGAGCUGGCGGAUUUAAACAAAUAAACAAGCAACACAAAACCGGUAGACAUCGUAGUAAAGGCUCGAUAAGUAGCGAUGUCAAAGGAAAAGUUGGGGUAAAAGUUGUGUCAAAACGUAUACACAGAAUUCUUGGCAAGGAGGCACGAAGGCAUCAGUCUUCUCAAAUUAGGAAAAAGAAGAGAGAAGAUGUAUUGCAACAGAAAAGAAAUCUUGGCGGAUCUCAAUCUGCACCUAUUCUUAUUUGCGUUGUUCCGUUACAAGAGGAUGUAGACAUUCAAAAUGUGUUAUCGAGAUUAACAAAAAUAGAUGAAACUAUAAAUAUUGCUAACAGCCAAUGUGGUACAACGCAUAUAAGCGUUCCUAGAUUCAAGCAACGCUUCUCAAUUGUGGUACCACCAAUUGGCAACUUGUUUGCCACAUUAGAUGCAGCAAAAGUAGCUACAUCUAUCGUGUUCGUUAUUUCUGCUAUAAAUCACAGUGAUAAUAGUCAAAGAGACGAAAUUCUUGAUGAAUGGGGCAAGACAGUCAUUAUGGCAUGUGUAGCUCAAGGCUUGGCUACUCCUGUAGUAACACUUACGAAUGUUGAAAAUCUUCAUGUGAAGAAACGUCAAGAUUACAAAAACCGUGUACAGUCAGCAGUUUCUAGGUGGCUUCCUGAAGAGAAAAUUUGUCAGUUGGAUACACCUACCGAUGCUUUAAAUAUUUUAAGACGAGUCGGAUCUCAAAAACAAAGAACCAUAUCUUACAAAAAUAAGAGAGCUCAUCUGUUAGCCGAGGAAGUAAAAUUUAAAUGUAAUAAAGACUGUACGGAACUUGGAACUCUUAUGGUCUCAGGAUACCUUAGAGAAGUGCCGCUAUCAGUCAAUGGUUUAAUACAUAUACCUGGAUUUGGAGAUUUUCAAAUGUCUCAAAUUGAUGCUCCCGAAGAUCCAUAUCCAAUAGAAAAGAAACAAAGAAAACAUUGCGAUGCAAUGGACGAUGAACCAUCCACCAGGGUUCUUGAACGUGCAAAUCCAGAGAAACAAGAAUCUCUUGAAAGCGAAAAUAUACCUGAUCCUAUGGAUGCUGAACAAACUUGGCCUACAGAAGAAGAAUUGGCCCAAGCGGUAGCUGCUCAGAAGAAAAAAAUUUUAAAGAAAGUUCCAAAAGGAACUUCUGAAUACCAAGCAGCUUGGAUCCCUGACGAAGAUGGAGAGGAAUUAAGCAAUGGAUACUCGGAUGAUGAAUCAGAAGACAAGAUGUCUGUGGACGAAGCAAAAUCUCAAGUGGACAGUGAAGCAGAAGCAGAAGAAGAUGAAGAAUAUGAAACAAUUACUGUCUCAGAAGCAGCUCCCGAUGAACAACGGUACGACCAAGAUAUUGAUAUAAUAGAAGAAAAAACAGCCAUGGAGAAAUUAAAAUUAGCAAAAUUGGAUGCUCAAUUUCCUGACGAAGUGGAUACGCCUCAAGAUAUCUCAGCUAAAGUGAGGUUCCAAAAAUAUCGUGGAUUGGAAUCAUUUAGGACAAGUUCGUGGGAUCCAAAAGAAAAUCUUCCAAUCGAUUAUGCUCGGAUAUUUCAAUUUCAGAACUUUGAUCGAACGCGUAAACGUAUAUUUAAAGAAUCUCAAAAUAUUGAAGGAGCUAUGCCUGGUUGGUAUAUCACGAUUUAUGUUACAAAUGUUAGGCGAGAUCUUUUCACUACAUUUUGUACAUUGGAAAAUCGCCCGUUAAUUGUAUUUGCUUUACUUCCGAAUGAGCACAAGAUGUCCGUUUUAAAUUUGGUACUAAAACAUACCAAUAUUAGUCCGCAACCAAUCAAAUCUAAGGAACGAUUAAUAUUUCAAUGUGGAUUCAGAAGAUUCACUGCGUGUCCAGUAUUUAGUCAACAUACAAAUGGAAAUAAACACAAGUAUGAACGAUAUUUUCAACCGGAGAGUACAAUUGUCGCAAGUAUGUACGCGCCAAUUAUUUUUCCACCUUGCCCAGUUUUAUGCUAUCUUGAAAGAUUGAACGGAUCAUUGGAAUUGAUUGCAACCGGUAGUGUUUUGUCUGCAAAUCCAGAUAGAAUAAUUGUAAAAAGGGUAGUUCUCAGUGGUCAUAUAUACAAAGUAAAUAAACGAUCAGCAGUUAUAAGAUUUAUGUUCUUUCACCGAGAGGACAUAAAUUGGUUUAAGCCGGUUCAACUACGAACAAAAUACGGUCGUAGAGGUCAUAUAAAAGAACCAUUAGGUACGCACGGUCAUAUGAAAUGUGUAUUUAAUGGUCAAUUAAAGUCACAAGACACAGUUUUAAUGAAUUUGUAUAAACGAGUCUUUCCAAAGUGGACAUAUGAACCUUUAUUGUUAACACAGUCACCGCAUCAAGAAGAGGGCAUGAACGUGGAAUAAGAUCCAUCGAUCGAUAAUUUCAAUGUAAAUACAAACGUACAUGAAUAAUUUUUGAAAAAUAAAAUUUUUUCGUUAAUUUCACGAUUUAUAAA